AUGAAAGCUAUCAACAGUAAGUUGCCCGACCCCUUUAUACUACACAAUGUGGUAAGCGUUGAGCGUAAUCACGACAGUAGAAACGGUGAUCGGUACUUCCUCAAUUUAUUGCUUCGAAAAUCAAAUCAUUCGCCUCUAUAUCGUGUAUCGACUUAUGUCUAUCAACCAAUUGGCCAACAUGUAUUGUGUUUGCCUGGUGGACUGCGAUGGAAGAAUCAUGUUCACGUAACGGUUAUAAUAUCGGUGAAGAAUCAAGGUUACUGGCUUAAGAAAUUCAUAGAGAACAUGUCUAAGUUGUACGUCACUACGAAAGAUCCAAAUUUUAGUGUUGUUAUUGUUGAUUUCAAUAGUACUGACAUCGAUAUCGAUGGUCUAUUAAAGAGAAGCUCUUUGAAGCGAUAUAAGAUCAUCCGAAAGGUAGGACAUUUUUCAAGAGCUUUGGGUUUGCAAAUGGGAGCAGAUUCUGUAACUAACAGACAUUCGAUCGUUCUCUUAAUGGAUUUACAUUUAUCAAUUCCAAACAAUUUCAUUGACAAUGUCCGACGUAGAACAGUCGAACGACGUACAACUUUUGUGCCCUAUUUUUUAAGAUUAAACUGUAAUUACAGUCCAAGCCGACCUAAUGGAUACUGGGAAGAUCAAUCUUAUGGAAUUGUAGGAAUCUAUAAGUCGGAUUUUGAUCGUAUUGGUGGCAUGAACACCAAAAUUUACAAGUAUAAAUGGGGAGGUGAGGAUUGGGAACUACUAAGCAGGAUUCUUAGUCAUGGCCUUGAAGUAGAAAGAUUUCGAUAUCCUCAGUUUUUCCAUUAUUUCCACAGACGUCGUGGAACCUUUUACAAAGGCACAGUACACGAUCGUGGAACCGUCUUAUACUAUUUAAAUAUAAUAUGGCAAAAAUUUAUUUUCCGACGAUAUGGAAAAGAGUAG